AUGGAUACCACACAGGGCAAGCAUUCAGAAGCUGCCACGUAUCCAGAUCCAGCCCUCUGCCAAACCGGCUACCGCGCCUAUUCCGCUGCCUUCUCUUCUUCACGCGCGAGGCCGACACACUCUCCUUCUGUCUACCGCGAAAAGCCCUCCGCCAAACCAGCCACCGCGCCUCUUCCGCGCCACUGCUUCGUCAACUCCAGCCACCGUGCCACUGCUUCUCCGAUCCUGUCUGCUCUCUCCGACACCGGCAACCCAGGGAGGGGUUCGUCUUCAUCGCACGUCCAAACCUCCACUCGAUUGGCAGCCGCGAGCCACCGGAGCCGUCGCCAAUCGAGGCGAAAUCUCUCAUCCUCCGUCGUUCGUCGCAGGCGGGAAGUUCUCUCCCUUCUCCCUCCGUAUGUCUCCCCCACCUCCACAAAUUCCAAACUCAUUCAUCACUCCACAUACAAAUACUUCAUCACCUCCGUUCACCCAAACCCCAAACUCACAGAGCACCUUCAUAGCCACCAAUCAAAGUUGCAAAUCAAAUUGAGAACCUGUGCCGUUCCCGCGCCCUCGAGGCCUUCCAUCUCGAUCCCUCCUGGCGGGGCAUCAACGUCCAACCCCACUCUGGUUCUCCGGCCAACUUCGCCGCCUACACUGCACUGCUCCAGCCCCACGACCGCAUCAUGGGUUUGGAUCUCCCCUCCGGCGGCCACCUCACCCACGGCUACUACACUUUCGGUGGGAAGAAGAUAUGUCUAG